CCCAGACGUAAAUCUUAUUUCAUGCUAUUUGUCCAACACAGAUCUUAUUGGUCCUCCACCACGGCUAUUCAUGCACCUGCUUCCUUCGCCUAUGCCUGUUCCGCCUGCUCUCGCCAUCGGUUUCCUCCGUCUCCACCAAAAAUAAAACAGUGGGCGCCGCCACCGGCAUCCCCCGCCCCUCCACUUAGGUAUUUAGUAUUAACAAACCCAUUUCUCAUCUGGAACUACACCACCACGCUUCAUGCACCUCCUUCCUUCCUCUGUGCCCAAUUCGCCCGGGCGCUGCCACCGGUCUCCUCCGCACCUUCACCAAUUUGUGAUUAUCCAACAAAUGUUUCCUUGCUGUCUCCCAUCGCUGAUUUUCAGGCACUGGAUUCAUCCAUCUGCUCCUGUCUUCUACCCCCACGCCAGCGGUUUACGCUGUCGCGAUCGAAGACACAACCGUGGACUCAUCCACCGUUUCCGUCCGGACCUCCACCAAGCACGAAUUCAUGAGGCCAAAUUCGCCCACCUUGGGGACGUCGUCCCCUACCUCCGC